GCACUUUUUUGGAUUCUCCCCAAAUAUAAUUCCUCUAUCUUCUUCUUUAUCUUCUUCCUCAACCCGAAACCCUAAUUUCUCUGGAGAUUUUGCCACAAUCUCUUCUGCUUCAAGAUUCGUUUGAGCAAUGUCUUCUGUUUCAAGCCAGCCACAGUUUCGUUACACGCAACCUCCUUCGAAGGUUCUUCAUUUGAGAAAUUUGCCUUGGGAAUGCACUGAAGAGGAGUUGAUUGAGCUGGGCAAGCCUUUUGGCACAGUUGUUAAUACUAAGUGUAAUGUUGGAGCUAAUCGGAAUCAAGCUUUCAUUGAAUUUGAAGAUUUGAAUCAAGCUAUACAGAUGAUUUCUUUCUAUGCUUCUUCUUCCGAGCCUGCUCAAGUUCGAGGUAAAACUGUCUACCUCCAGUACUCCAACAGGCAAGAGAUAGUGAACAACAAAACGACAGCAGAUGUUGUGGGGAAUGUUCUUCUGGUGACAAUUGAAGGCGAGGAUGCUCGAAUGGUCAGCAUUGAUGUCUUGCAUCUGGUGUUCUCAGCAUUUGGGUUUGUCCACAAGAUUACUACUUUCGAGAAGACAGCCGGAUACCAGGCACUUGUACAAUUUCCUGAUGCGGAAACUGCAACUUCUGCGAAAAAUGCCCUCGAUGGAAGAAGCAUCCCUAGGUAUCUACUCUCUGAGCAAAUGGGACAGUGCUCUCUCAAAAUCACAUAUUCAGCUCAUACAGAUCUGACUGUCAAAUUUCAGAGUCAUCGGAGUAGGGACUAUACUAAUGUUUACCUUCCUGUUGCUCCAUCGGCCAUUGAUAGUGCUGGUCAGGUGGUCGUGGGUGUAGAUGGGAAGAAGAUAGAGCCAGAAAGUAAUGUUCUUCUCGCAUCCAUUGAAAAUAUGCAGUAUGCAGUAACCUUGGACGUUUUACACAUGGUUUUUGAGGCAUUUGGGCCUGUUCAAAAGAUUGCAAUGUUUGACAAGAAUGGUGGGCUACAGGCAUUGAUUCAAUACCGAGAUGUUCAAACGGCUGUGGUGGCGAAGGAAGCAUUGGAAGGACAUUGUAUAUAUGACGGUGGGUUUUGUAAGCUCCACAUUACUUAUUCACGCCACACCGACCUCAGCAUAAAGGUGAACAACGAUAGAAGCAGAGACUACACAAUGCCCAACCCGCCAGUUCCAAUGCAACAACAACCACCCAGUCAGAAUCCAUAUGUGGGCAAUCCACAUCAAUACCAUGCAGCAGGUGGAAGUCACCAGCAGCAGCCACCACAAGGCGGAUGGGUCCAACCAGGAGGUCAAGGUCCAAUGGGAAUGGGUGGUGGUCACAGUCACAAUCCUUACAUGGCACCACCGUCUUCUGGCUCAAUGCAUCAAGGUAUGCAUCAAGGUCCAGGUGGUCAUAUGCCUCCACAGCAUUACGGUGGUCCUGGUCCAAUGCAUUAGAGAGAGAAAGAGAGUCCCUCAAAAAGUCGAAGACAAAGAUGUUUUAAUCACUCUCUUAAUUUCUCGUAGCUCUCUUUUUAUUUUUGGUUUGGUUCGUUUGGAACACUUGUACUUGUGUCCAAAAGAGAAUUUAUAAAACGGAAACCAUUUGAGAAAUGUAUUAGAAGAGCUUAAUCUCUCUUUCGCAGUCUUAUGUC